GCGGACGGCAGGAUAAAAAACAACUCUUCAAAGAAAUUACAAAAAUAGUUAUUUUUCCUUUAUUAAACUCUUAUAAAGCGAUGUCAGGAUCAAAAGGAAUAGAGAUGGAACCUCCUAUGCAUUUGCAGAGGCCUUCUUCUGCCCGUUCACAGGAUAUUUCGCAUGUUUUAGCGAGUGUUUUUAGAGAGGUAUUUACACGAGAUGUCGUAGGAGAACAGACUGUAAAACACCUUACUACGUCUCGUAGUGGAGAGGAAGGAUACCACGAUAAAUACGUUCGGCAGCUAGAAGAGAUACAAGAGAAGCGUGAGAAAUGUCACAGAGAAGCAGAUAUGUUGGAGGCACACAUCAUGCAGGCACAAGCCUCAGCCAUGGCCGCUGAUGAGAGAGAUUUACAAAAAGCACUUGGCCAAUGUGAACAGUAUCCAAAUUUAGGACUUCCCCCAGGCCAGUCAAAUUUAAGGUAUUGCCUGGACACACAACUCCUAAGGAAGUUUAACCUUAUUGUCCCAGAAGACUUUACAUCAAAUGGUCAAACAGAAGCUAAACCACCACAAGCUGAUGAGAUACCAAGUUAUGCUCGGUUUACUACAUCCUCACAUCAAAGAUACCGAAAAACACCCCCAUUAACAGAUUACCUGGAUGACAGGGUGACGUCAUCUCUAGGGUAUCCUUUUACAGUAGCAUCUAAACCAGCUACUGCUGAAAGAAAGACCAGAGAAAUAUCUACCCCUGCUACUACCCACACUAAAAUCAGUAAGGCAAUAUGGAAGAACUCAAUGAAGCCAUCCCAAAGGCAAAUUGAAAGGGAAGAUUUAAAGAAAUUAAAGAGUAAGGCAGAAUACAAAAGAAAUCCUAGAUUUGUACCACCAUUAACAGCAGACCUUAUACAAGAAAAAAGCAAAGCCAAAGAAGUGAAGGAAAGUGCUACAGGUUCAUCACAAGUGGUAUUUAUUGCUACCCCUAGUCCUGUGGUAUUCUCAGAAUAUAAAGUAGGAGAAGUUUACGAGCUGAUGGUUGAGUUGAAAAAUGUGACUUCGUCCAGUCGGCAAAUUAGAAUUGUUCCUCCUUCAACAAAGUACUUUUCUAUUGGUUUGGGGCGUUUCCCAGGUGAAAGUGGAGUGGUAGCUCCUGGCAUGAGUUGUGUCUAUCCAAUCAGGUUUUCACCAGACUUUUUAGCUGAUUAUGAUGAUACUAUUAAGUGUCUAGUGUCCUUGACUGUGGCCACACCCUUGUUGGAGGUAAAAAGACUGUACAUUUCACUUGUACCAACCAGGGAGGAGAGGGGCAGUUUUUUCUUAUGAGUAAAUCUGACUGGCCUACAACCUAUUCCAAGUGGAGUCUAGAUAACCCUGGGUUCUUAGAUAUUGCCCCUUUUGAAGUCAAACCAGCAAUGUUUGAAUUGAAGAGUGGAGAGACCAUCGAUCUAGAGGUGACUUUCUGCCCGUCUGCCGCUAAGUUCUUUAAGAAAGAGAUGAUCAUGGUAUGCGAUAAUUGCCAUAUAAAAGUGCUGACUGUAGAAGGUACUGGACAGACGGCAGGGAUAGAGUUUGUAUCCAUCAGUGGUGGUACUAGUAAGCAUGAUAUUGGCGAGCUAAAAGACGUUUCUUCGCAGUUUCUCGUUCGUUUUGAUGAUCAAAACCCCAAAACCCACACAGCAAAGGAACUUACUAUCAAAAAUACCACGAACGUUGCCUUACCAUUCCGUUGGAAGUUAUUCAAACCUUUCUUCCCUUGCCAACAAACUGACGAGUUAGGAGUAUCCACUAGUCAGCAGUUGUCUUCUCGUGUACAUCGUACUGCAGACGCACAAGGGGUGUUCAGUAUUGCUCCUAACAUGGGCACAUUGCCUCCCUACGAGAAUGUUCAUUUCUCACUGGAAUAUCUACCUAAAGAGAUUGGCUCGUUUCACAGUGUUGCUCAUCUUGUAUUGGAGGAGAUUCCUGUCCAUGGUCAGGAGAAUGCUACAUCUGUGUCACGUGAUGUGACGGCCAUAGAGGUUGAAGUCAAGGCAAACAGCCAGCCAUUCCAUGUGCAGGUCAACCCGGGUACCCUUACUAUCCCAGGAACCCUUUUGAUGGCGACUAGUAAUACCUACAAAUUCAAGGCCCAUAAUCAUAGUGUUUCAGAUGUACAAGUAGAAUGGCAGGAUAUGAGUACUGAUGAAUGUACCAUCAACAUACAACCACAGUCCACUGUCAUUGCAGCCAAUCAGCCAAGAGAAUUUAGCGUUUCAAUAACUAGUCACGUGCCUGGUGUUCUGGACCAGACAUUGUUUUGUCACGUGGAUUACUCGUCAUCCCCUGUCUAUCUUCACGUCAGGGCUUCCUUUGAGGGACCAGAGGUUACCAUGGAUACCCUUGAUCUUGACUUUGGUCUAGUCCGCCUCGGUGAGAGUGCAUCCAGGGAGAUUUCAGUUACUAACAAGUCUAAUAUUACGGCUGAAUGGAGCAUGCAAGAGUGUGUUGACUGUAUAUCUGAUGGCAAGGAUCAGAAGUGUAAUAAUUCUAGCAGCAGUCUCACCUCAGAGUUUGAUUUUGUCCCGACCACUGGUUCACUAGGCGCAGGUGAAAGCGCCGUUGUGUCUGUUACCUUUAGACCAACUCACUGUCGAAGAGUUAGAACCGUAUUUCAAUGUCAAGAGAAAAUUGGGAAAACAAAUUAUCUCUCAGUGUUCUCAGAGGUGCAGUCUCCUCUAGUAUGCCUGCUCUCAUCUAGUUUAUAUCUAGAGAAUGUCUACCUGGAUGUCCCAGUAUCCAGAACUAUCACCUUACAAAACCAAACUCUACUGACUUCCGAAUUCUGUUGGAAUGAGAUAAUUUGCAAUAAAGACAGUGAUUACAGCGUUACAUUUGAACCAUCUCGUGGAGUAUUACAGCCAAGAGAGGCGUUAGACGUGCGAGUCACACUGACUGGUCACCGUAAGGGACUCGUCGAGAGUUUGACAACGUCAUGUCACGUGACUGGCAUGGACAAGCCGAUUUGGUUGGGGAUCAGUGCUGACGUCAAAGGAUUGAACGUCACCUUUGAAAUGCCAAAGAUUCUUGAUCAUCACACGCCUGAUGAGAUCAAGACAGCAAACAUAGACAGCUCUAGUACUAACAUGAUAGAGUUCGGCAAGAUGUUCCUAGGAGAAGAGCGUAAAGCUACAGUAGUAAUGACUAAUACUACUGCUAUCCGUGCUCGGUUCAGUGUGCACGUGAAUCACUUUACUGCUGCUAAGCCACCCACUCCACCUGAAGGCCAACCACAGAAAAGAGAUGGACGUAGACCUCAAGGCCUGUUAACACGUACACCAAACAUCGCUAAUCCACUCAGUAAGACCGCCACCAAGGCUUAUGCAGACCAAGUGUCAGCUUGUCUUCGUGAUGGGCGUGGAGCUGCCUUCGUUCCUUCCCCUUCCAGUGGUGAAUUACUCCCCUUUGGUUACCAAGUAAUAGAAAUAACAGCGUAUAAUGAUAUGUGGGGUGACUAUAGAGAUUUACUGAUCUGUAUGGUUGAGGGUCUUGAUCCAGUAUAUAUACCUAUCCAAAUGAGUGUGUUAGGGUGUCCCUUGAACUUCCAGAUGAUGAAGGAUCAGUCACCAGUACUCAGGUUUGGAACACACGUGUCUGGUGCUACGCCUGUCACGAGGUCUCUUAGAGUGAACAACACCAGUCCUUUUGAUAUUCGACUUGACUGGAGUACGCUCAACAUUGAAGACGACGAUGAUCAGCUUCUAGACAUGUUGGUCUCCUAUGGUCAAGCUCUACCGGUCUUUAAUGACAAGGGUGAAGAACUCCUUCCACCGCCACCCUUAUGUGACUUCCCUUGUUUUAUGCCACCAUUCAUUCAAGUGAAGCUACUAGAACAUGAGGGAAUCAGGUCUGAUGAACCUUUCCAAGUCCUACCAAGCCAACAGGUAAUUCCGGCUAAAGGCCAUGCAAACAUGACUGUGACCUUCAAACCAAACACCACGAAUCCCGCGGGACAAACGUGUACUUCAUUUGCUGCAGGAUACAUGAGUCUGGAUGGACCGAAUAUCGAUAUACCAGGGCGUGUAACUCGCAGUCAAGGAAUGGAUAUGACGCCUUUCCGUCUAGAUAUUACAGCCACUAUUCUUCCAGCACUUUUAUCUGUGGAAAUGGAGGAAGAUGAAGGUUGUGAUUUCAUUGCAACAGCAAGUAACUUGCUUAAUGGCGACUUCACCAAAAUCCAUCGUUUCAUCCUGUCAAAUACCUCGGAGACACCGCUGGCUCUAAAUAUCGCAGUCGAUGCACCAUUCAAGGUGAUGUCAUCUGAGCCACCGCCGUCUGCCAAAUCCACUCGAUCCCAGGCUAACGGUUUAACGAUUAUUAAACCCGGCAAGAACAUACAGGUCAAAAUUGGUUUCUGUUUAACCAAGGAAUUGUUGUCCAGAGUCGAUGAGUUGCCAGUUAAUAAAGAACAAGAAGAUGGUAGUCUUUUGACAGUAAAAGAGAAUGGGGAUCGAAAACUGUUUUUUAAUCGUAAGCUUGUCGUAGAGUUUUCCAAUAAGUCUACUCAGGUCAUUCCACUCACCGCAUCGGUUUCAGUACCAACUCUUCGCCUGUCCAAGCAGGAGCUUGACUUUGGUACUUGUCUCGUUGGACAAGAGAAAGAAAUGCAAGUAGUACUAACGAACCCAACAGAAUCAUCGUCUGAAUGGGUUGCAGUCAAAGAUCCUCGUUGUCCUCAAGUCAGUCGUGAUGUCUUUACUGUAACACCAUCAAACGGUCUACUAGAAGCGUAUGUCAACCAUGUGGCAAAGAAUAAAGUAUUAAUCAGGGUCACUUUCGUGGCAAGACAUAACGUGGAGUACGAAUGUGUAUUGAUAUUUAAAGGAAGACUCCACGAAGAAGAACAACAUGUAGUGCUAAAAGGACGUGGUUCUUACGACGGUAGACAUGAGAACCUGGUCAAUGUCGUCACUCAGUUUUAAAUGACCCUAAAUUUGCAUCAAGAGUUCCGCGCUCCUGCUUUAAGCGCAUGAUAAAGGGGUCAAAGAGUGGGACCAUGGGUUGUAAAAAUUGCUGUAUUAAUUGAGAGAUGAGGCGGUAAGCCGUGUGGGAUGGGCUCGGAAAUCAUAAGAACAUGUAUGUCUUAAUUGUAUUUUUCUUUCCAAGUACAGUGUUCAUUAAAUAUUCAAUAGCAAGUAGCGUUAAGCUAAUUCCAAAUCAAAUAUACCAAAGUAUAGCAUGGUCCCAUUUUUUGCUUCCUUGAGCAUGCGCUUAGAGCAGUAGCGCGGAACUCCUGAUUCAUGUAUACGCAGACUACUUUUUUCCGCGAAGAAAAAAUCUUUCUUUUUGGUGAAUGUCUCUUUAUCCAUGUAAAUAGAUUUACCAUUACUAAGGCACAACAAGUUUUGACAAUUGUAUAUACAUCAUAAUUGUACAUUAAUUAAGCAGAUUUGUUUCCUAUCUGCUGAGAGUGGAGGUGGCAUUAACAUGAAAUACAUAA